UGCCGCCCGGCCGCUGCCGCGGGGCUCUGCCCGGGGAGGACGGCACGGCCCGCUGCGGUAGCUGCCAUCCAUCGGCAGGGACGCCGCAGCGGCCGGCUUUUCCCAACCCGGCAGGCAAGUGGGUGGAUGGAGCAUAGAGGCAAAGGGAGAAAGCCGUGGGACCGCUGCCUGCCCGCAGGUCGGAGGGAAAGAGGAGGAGGAGGAGGGAGGAAGGUGGAGGGGGGUGGGCAGGCAGGGAGCCGAGCCUCCCCGCAGCGGCGGGGCUCCGGCCGGAGCUGGCAGAGCUUCCCCGCUGCUGGUGGGCGAUUUUAGUCUCGUUUCGCUGGGGCUGAUGGCUACAGGCCACCUCAGUGUAGGGGUGUGUAAACUUGAAGAACUCGGGCUCGUUCAGUUAAAAAUCUUCACUUGUAUCGCAGCGCAGUAAACAUGCCUGAACAAAGCAAUGAUUACAGGGUGGUUGUGUUUGGAGCAGCAGGGGUUGGGAAAAGCUCCUUGGUCCUUCGUUUUGUAAGGGGAACUUUCAGGGAAACCUAUAUCCCCACGAUCGAAGAUACUUACCGGCAGGUCAUCAGCUGCGAUAAGAGCAUCUGCACCCUUCAGAUUACAGACACCACGGGAAGCCAUCAGUUCCCUGCUAUGCAGAGGCUGUCUAUAUCCAAAGGGCAUGCUUUCAUCUUGGUGUACUCUGUCACCAGCAGGCAGUCCAUGGAAGAUCUUCAGCCCAUAUUUGAACAGAUUUGUCAGAUUAAAGGGGACAUCCAAAAAAUCCCCAUCAUGUUGGUGGGUAACAAAAGCGAUGAGACCCAGAGGGAGCUGGAUGCCAGUGAGGGGCAAGCGUUAGCCAGCAAGUGGAAGUGCUCCUUUAUGGAGACAUCAGCCAAAAUGAACUACAACGUGCAGGAGCUCUUCCAGGAGCUCUUGAAUCUGGAGAAGAGGAGAACUGUCAGUCUCCAGGUGGAUGGAAAGAAAUCCAAGCAGCAGAAAAAGAAAGACAAACUGCAAGGCAAGUGCUCUGUUAUGUGAUUGACUUUGGCUGGACUCGCACUGCUGCAUGGUGUAACUGGAGCAUGGACUCCCACAGAAAAUGCAUUUCUGCUGGAGGUUUCAGAUGAAUCCAUGCCUUCUAGGCUAUUGCUUUUCUCUAAAAUCUCUGCUGGAUUAUAUUAUGUGUUGGUUUUAAAGAGGAUGGCUUUCUGCAUGUUUAUUUUUUUAAAACAAUAAAUGUUCAAUGUUAGCAAUUACAUGCGACUAGAAGUUUUUAAUGCAAGUUUACAGAAGAGAAAAAUGUCAGUCAGAAACAAACAUCUCUAUUGCUGUGAGUACAUGCUAGUUUUUAAGUAUUUCCAGCCUAUUGGCUCAAAACAAGUCAUAGUGUCUAUAAUGUGUAUACUUCAAAAAUUGUUUUCAGGAAUCUGUUGACCAGAGCAAAUCUUUAACAAAGCUAGGCAUUUGCACUGCAAAUGGACAUGUAUGUGGCUCCAGAUGCUUACAUUUUUGGCAGACUGGCUUGCAUACCAAAGAUGCUUUUUUUUUCAUAGUAAAAGUUAAGUUUUCCUGUGCGCUAUGCAGUUCCUGAGACUUCUGCAGUUCUGUGAAUGAUUACAGCUAUACCAGCAUAUAAUCAGGCUGUUUGCUCCCCCCUCGCCACCACCCUUUGCACUGACUUCCCCUGUUCACAGAGGUAAGAGGUUCUACAUCCUCUGGCUCCCAAUCCAGGGGUGAUUCCUGGCAUCCUUAAGCAAGAGCUGCCUCCUUCAUGAAUGUAAUUAGGCUGUUGUAAGUACCAGCUGAGGUAGUGGUUGGUUAUCCUGGCAAUUCACCUUUCCUUUCUCAGCUGUUGGUCUGGUUUUGUAUGUGGUGGAAGCUACUUUUGCAAUCUUCCCGGAGUUCCCUUAGAUUUUUUUUUUUUUUUUUUUUUGCCUCCUCUCCAUUAUUUCUUCCAAGUUACCUAGGUUUUAGCUGAUGCUUAUGAUGAGUCACUUCAGGUAACACUGCUUUGGGAAGAAACGUCUACACCUGGAAGCUGCAUGUUUAAAGCACACUCUUCUCUGACAAACUUUUAGCAGACACUUCUCACAAAUGAGAGGAGUGGAGACAUGGUCUUAGUCUAUCUCCUGUCUCCCUCCCCCUGCUUUUUUUUUUUUUUUUUUUUGGCUGUUGUUAGCAAGAGACAAGCAUGAUAAGCCUCACCUGCAGUGCAUGCUUGAGAAAGAUUUCAAGAAAAUAAGUGCAAGUAUUUGCAUCAGCCUGUGCUGUAGAUCUACUCUGUGUACGUAUUAGUCCAAGCAGAAGACUGUAUGGACUUCAGUACUGCACUGUUGAUUUGAUUUUUACACAGCAGCAUGGUCUUGACGCAAGAGACGUGGGAGAGACGAAUUGCUUCUUUUUAUAGCACUUUUCUAGUGAAAUGAUUCUAUUGUUGAAGAUGAGCAAAAUACAGAACAGGAGAUGCUGGAAAGUACAUACCCUUUUUUAGUUUGAAAGCAUUAGUGUCUAUUAAUAAUUGCUGGUUUUCUACGUAAGAUGCUGGAGAAGGGCCUUUUCUCUCAGCUGUUAUUUCAUGCGUCGCAGACUAAUACACAAAGCCAUGAAGUUCGUAUCCAUGUUAGUCUCUCGCAUAUUUGAACAACUCUGACAAUCGAUGCUGGCUGCUGAUGCUCCGUUGUCUCCUCUGUCUGUCUGUGGGCUGCUUUUCUAGUCUCCUCAGGCUGUUCCUACGCCAACAGAAGGGGUCAGUUAGCUCUGUGUGUGCCAGGGGACUUGCCCCAGCUACAGCUGGAGCCCUCAUGCCGUUUGAUUCGGCAGAAAAUCUUACUCAUGAUUUCAGAAACCCAAGCGAGUUCUGCACAAAUGUUUGGUGCUGACUGAAAUGUUACGCUUGCCAAAAUGACGUGCCGAUUUGCCAUGCUGAUACAAAGGCUCUACACCUGAUUUUUCUUAUUGGAGAUGAUACCCUGCGAGCUUGCUGUGCUGGACCUGUGGUGCUGACUGGUGUAGUCCUCUGUGCUACUGCUGUGUGUGACCUUCGCUUCUGUUGCCCAAGCUGAAGGGCAGCUGGAGAAGCAGCCGUAAUGGCUUUGCUUGAAAAUAACUCUUGCUUUUUCCUCUCUAACUUUGUGCAUGGAUUUUGAUCUCUCUGUUCUUUCAUUUCCAAGCAGUUAUGCAAUGCUUCUCUGUGGGUCAUUUUUAGCAUCUGGCAAUUAUUAUUGCAAAGGCUAUUUCAGUUCCAUUCCAGCCUUUGAAACCCCUAUAAGACAUUUUAUAUUUAAGCCUUUUUAAAAUGUCAUGAGACCUAAUAAUGUCUCUGCGACUCCCACAGCCUUCGUGGAAAUGCCUGUGCAAAGGCAGGGCAGUGUGUAUCUGCAAUUAUUCGCACAGCCGAGAUGUUCCGUAAUGUGUCAUUAUCACUGCAGCGUUUUUCCUGUACAUGGUAUGGAGAUCACUGAGGACUGGGGGCUGGCAGAGCACAAGGAACAACUAAUUGAACAAAACAGGCUCAGUCCCGCCUGCACCUGGGAGAAUCAUUGGCAGAUCCCCCCCAGGCUGCCUUUGGUGGCUACGAGAGCAGGUCCCAUGGGACAGAGUGGGUGAUGGAGAUGUGUGGGUGGAGACGCUCGGGUGCUCCUGGUGAUGCAGGAUGGUGGUGUGGGGGCAUCAGCACCCCAAAUUCCAGCCUAGGAGCCUAGAGCAGAUUGGGAACGAGUGACGCCUGGCGUGGCUGCCUUUCAUGCUGUGUAAAUAAUCUGUGGUUUGGGUGUGCUAGAUCAAUUGUAUUGUAAAUGAAAUCUGUAUUAAUAAAUUGUAUAAUUGUAUUUGUUUCCGUAUAAACUGAACUAGUCUGA